CCUAGAUACUGACAGCUGCGUCUAGAAAUGGCACGUCUUUUGGAGAAAAAAGCGAUUUGAUUGUGAAGGACAACUGGCCACCCGACUGACCCAGAUGAGUAAGGACUCCAAGACUAUUCAUUUUGUGGAAUUGGAUUAUGGAAUCUGAUGGUGGAUAUUUGGAUGCGAUCACACGCCCAUGCGACAAUGUCAAUGGAUGUUGUGAUGCACGGUGUCCAGGCUUUUUUCCCGAGGCCUGGAUUCAGCUGAUGGGCCCUGCAUGGAUUUUGUGCGUGAGUUGACAGAGGGCAGGCCCACAGCGCUGACCAGCAGCCGAGCAGCCAUGGACCCAUAUGCCAGAGCGAGCAGCACAGCAGCCCCCCUGCCCUGCACCAGCUGUGGGGGCUGCUGCGACCCUCCUCCCCCUGGCCUCAUGCUCGUUGGUCCCCUUGGCCCCCCUUAUGGCCCCCCUCUUUCCUCCAUGCCCCCACAUAUGACCCCUGCUCCCCCGGUGUGUUCUGCUACAGCUGUCCAGGCUGAGAAUGGCAGCAGCUGGAACUCCUCCUCUGGUUCUCCAGACUCCCACCCUGGCAGCUCUACCACCUCCAACCCCUACUGGAUGGCCGUGUUUGACUACGAGGCCACGGCAGACGAGGAGCUGACCCUGCGGCGCGGGGACCUCCUGGAGGUCCUCUCCAAGGACUCCAAAGUGUCCGGGGACGAGGGCUGGUGGACGGGCAAGAUCCAGGACAAGGUGGGUAUCUUCCCAUGCAACUACGUUACUCGGAGGGACGCCGGCAGCUACCAGCAGCUAGCCCCAGGAGGGCUGGUGGCGGGUGGGGUGCCUGAGGGGUGCCCCCUGGAGAUCGACUUCACGGAGCUGGUGCUGGAGGAGGUGAUUGGGGCAGGGGGGUUUGGGAAGGUGUAUAGAGGGAUGUGGCAAGGGGAGGAGGUGGCAGUUAAAGCUGCCAGGCAGGACCCUGACGAGGACAUUAGCGCCACAGCUGAAAGCGUACGACAAGAGGCUAGGCUUUUCUGGAUGCUCAGACACCCCAACAUCAUCAACCUGAUAGGGGUGUGCCUGCGAGAGCCCAACCUCUGCCUGGUGAUGGAGUACGCCCGCGGGGGGGCCCUGAACAGAGCCCUAGCUGGGAAGAAGGUACCCCCCAGGGUGCUGGUGAACUGGGCCGUGCAGAUCGCCACGGGGAUGGACUACCUGCACAAUCAGACCUUUGUACCGGUUAUACACAGAGACCUCAAGUCUAGCAACAUCCUGAUCCUGGAGCCCAUUGAGAGGGAGGAUCUGGGUGGCAGGACCCUGAAGAUCACAGAUUUUGGCCUGGCACGGGAGUGGCACCAGACCACCAAGAUGAGCGCGGCGGGCACCUACGCCUGGAUGGCCCCCGAGGUCAUCAAACUCUCCCUGUUCUCCAAGAGCAGUGACGUCUGGAGUUUCGGGGUGUUGCUAUGGGAGCUGCUAACAGGAGAGGUUCCGUACCGUGAGAUAGAUGCGCUGGCCGUGGCGUACGGAGUGGCCAUGAACAAACUGACCCUGCCCGUCCCGUCCACCUGUCCCGAGCCCUUCGCACUCCUGCUGGCAGAGUCCUGGAGCCCUAACCCCCACAGUCGCCCGUCCUUCACUAAUAUCCUGAUGCGACUGCUGGCCAUCGAACAGUCGGCCAUGUUUCAGAUGCCCCUGGAGUCCUUCCACUCUCUGCAGGAGGACUGGAGGCUGGAGAUCCAGCAGAUGUUUGACGAGCUCAGGGCCAAGGAGAAGGAGUUGCGUUCCUGGGAGGAGGCGUUGACUCGUGCGGCUGAGGAGCAGAGGGAGCAGGAGGAGCAGCUGAAGAGGAGAGAGCAGGAGCUGGCUGAGAGAGAGAUCGAUAUCGUAGAGCGUGAACUCAACAUCAUCAUCCACCAGAUGUACCAGGAGAAGCCCAGGGUCAAGAAGCGCAAGGGCCACUUCAAAAAGAGCAGACUACUCAAACUGGGCCGAGACAGCAACAGCAUCAGUCUGCCCUCUGGUUUUGAGCAUAAGAUCACAGUGCAGGCGUCUCCGAGCGUGGAUAAGAGGAAACCCCAGGGCAAUGAGAGCACCACACCUCCAGCCAGCCCAGGGGUCAUACCCCGCCUCAGGGCCAUACGACUGACGCCCAGCGAUGGCAGUAAGACAUGGGGCCGCAGUGCCGUGUGUAAGAAGGAGGACCUGGCAGCUAGCAAAAAGAAGGGACGCACCUGGGGCCCCAGCUCCACCCUCCAGAAAGAGAGACUGGGCGGAGAGGACAGGUUGAAGUCGCUAGGCGACGGAUGCAAGGUGUGGUCCUCUAGUGCCCCGAAUCUGGGCAAGUCUCCAAAACACGCCCCCAUGACCGCCGGCUUCUCCAGCCUCAAUGAAAUGGAGGAGCACUGUGAGUUGGAGGAGUCGCCCGGGUCUUUGAUGCCCCCAGAGACCAGCAGUAACGGGUCUGUGGAGGAGAGAGGUCCCUCGUGUGGCGGGCUGGGGACUACUGGGCUAGGGAGUGGGCUGGGUUACCAGGACUCUCUGCGGCGCUGCGGCCAGAGGAAGAAGAGCGACCUGCUGCUACUGGGCUGUGCCUCCCUACUGGCCUCUGUAGGUUUGGGGCUGGACCUGCUACAGCUGGGGAGACUACAGGUACAACAGGACGAGCAGGACCUUAGAGAGGAGCAGCGCAAGAAAAAGGACAGCAUUUUCCAGCGAACGGGUCGCUUCCGCCGCAGCACCUCUCCUCCGAGCCGCGCCCUGUCCCUCUCUCUGUCCCGCCACCGCGACUCUACUCUCCCCUGCACGGACCCCUCUCCCUCCGUCACCCUCCUCUCCCUCUCCUCCCUCUCAGACUGCAACUCCACCAAAUCCCUCCUUCCCUCGGACCUUGAGGACUUGGCGUUGACCCCCGGAGUGGGCUUCUCCCUCCCCGCGGUGCCCCCCGUCCCCUCCGUUAACCCUCUCCUGGAUCUGAAGGCAGAGAGCUUCAAGAGGGAGCCCAAUCAGUCCCUCACACCCACCCAUGUGUCUGCAACCAUGAACAGGGGGCACAGACGCACCCCCUCUGAUGGGGCGAUACGCCCCCGCGCACAAACCCUAGGGCACCGCAGGACCCCCUCGGAUGGCAGCAUGCCCAUGCCGCCCCCACCAGGGCCCCGCAUCCUCCCCCUACAUGCAGGUUACAAGGAGACCCUGGACAUCCCCCGACUCCCUGACCCUUCCAGCCUCUUCCCAAGGGUCCUCCGCCGCAAGGCCCCUGCUCCGCCUGUCCCCGUCCCGGUCCUGGAGCCCCUGACCAUCAUCAGUCCCUUGGAGAGGCCCAAGACCUUGGAGUUCGCACCCCGGCCUCGGCCCACACCAGCCAGGGUGCGACCGGACCCAUGGAAGCUGGGCUCCCUGUCCAGAACCCUGAGCUCGUCCCCGGGCAGCAGCUGUGACAGUCCCCUGGGCUCUGGGGACAGCAGUGCCAGCACCGGCACUGCCAGGCCUAACCUCAUGGACAUGGACGUGGAUGGACAGGAUCUGGACGGCACCGUGCCCCUGUGUGAACAGCACCAGGCUGCACAGCUCUGUGGACAGAACUACGGCUAGGCCACACAUUACUGUAUAUGGGCAACACUGCUCCUAGUGCACACUUCAAAGACUCCUAGUGUGCACACUUUAUUCCUGGUACCCAAUCCCUUUGCGAACAGUACUUCUCCUAGUGUCCACUCUGAAGCCCACUUUUGCGGGAUGUACCUCUCUCCUGGUGGUCACUCCUAAGCCUUGUGCCCCCUAGUCUCCUAGUGCUCCUAGUACACACCCAGCAUCUGGGACAGCACAUGUCUUAGUGUCCCUUCCAAAGCCGCCCAGUGUGGGACAACAUUCCUCUAAGUGACCACUUCGCAGCCCCUAGAGUCCAAACCUUUAGUGCCCUAGUGACCAGUGUGCCCUGCUAACCUUCCGCAUAUUACCUGUCCGCUAAAAGGAAGAAACGUGUAAGCCAUUCCACUUCCAGACAGACACUUCUAAGUGCUCAUCCCGAUUUACAUGUGCUGCAGUAGUACUCGUUCUGCUCAACCACCCCGUUGACUCGCUGCCUCUCUCUACGCAGGUGUCGUGUCUGUCUCUGCUCGCUCCUUCCCCAAAGACUAGGGCUGAAGCUUUGCCAGCCGUAGACACAUUCACAUCGCAACAGGGUUGGAAUCUCUUGGGAGUGCCCUUGAAGUGUCCAUGUUAAUAGUUGUUUUGUGGGGGUGCCCUGAUUUGUUAUGAGAGCACCUCUGGGUGUCCCCUCAUGUGGGCCCUGCUGCCCCUCCUUCAUAUUUACAUGUAGUCGUGGUAGGUAGACGCUCAAAUCCUGAGGGACUUCCAAAUCAGUGCGUAAGUUGCCCUCUUAUUGUGCAUCACCUUCUAUAGAGCUCAUGUCCACCUCCCUCACCUCCACAUAGCAUCUUCCUGUAUAGGGAUGGUCUCUGUCCUCCCCCUCUCCCAAAGACUGCAACAGGAACAGGGAAGCCAUUUUAAGCUCCACAGCACAAUUGACAGGACUUUAUUUUCUCAGCUCUGUACAGCAAAUUCAUUUUAUUUUUCUCAAUGCUUGAACCAUUCCAGCCAUAACCUUUUUAGCACAGCAUUUUCUAUUGGUUUGGCGAAUUGUGUGUCUGUAUGGGUGUACACUGUGUGUCUGUGUGGGUGUACACUGUGUGUCUGUAUGGGUGUACACUGUGUGUCUGUGUGGGUGUACACUGUGUGUCUGUGUGGGUGCGCACGUGCGCAUGUGUGCUUGGGUUUUGUUACCGCAUGUUAUUUUAGUGUGAAGGAUGUACUGUAGAACUAGCCAAUCUGUUGUGAGGGAGCCGAAACAGGAUGCUUUUCUCCCUCAUUCUGAACCUUAUGUCCUCAUAGGGUUGCAGAAUGUCCAAUAUUUUUUCCAAAAUUCCCUGGUUUACCAGAAAUCCUGGUUGAAAGAUUCCUGGAAUAAGCAGGAAAUACGGGAAUUGUUGGACCAGUAUUUCUGGAAAUCCAAGGAAUUUAGGGAAAGUGUGAAACUCAUAAGCUGGGGUUUCUCAGCAAACGUCCUCUGAGAGCAGAGGAGGACCAUGGGAAAUUAGGGUUAAUCCACUUGCAAUAAAUGGUUAAUGAAUACUACCUGUUUUCUACAAAAAAACAAAUUCCCACAUUCCGUACCCCUGACUUCCUUUUCCUCACCUACUGGAUAGUGAUAUAGCAUCAUUGAAGGGAAAAUAGGGACCAAUCUUUGGUUAAAGAGCCAUGAUAUUGACAUUGACAUGUCCGUGUCACAAGAGUACAGACUGUGAAGGACUUGACACAAGGUGCUUGGGAUGUGGACGGCGAAUCGAGAGAACUCUGUAUUCUCUUGCAGGCCCAUGAGUGCACCAUACUGUGUGGUUCCUGAAAGAAGAUGAAGAAUGACACUUUUUAAUGGCACAGUUGGUCAAGGCUACAUACAAGUAUUUACUUGACUAUGUGUAUGGGAGUGUGUGUAUGGGUGAGUGUGUGUGUGUGUGUGUGUGUGUGUGUGUGUGUGUGUGUGUGUGUGUGUGUGUGUGUGUGUGUGUGUGUGUGUGUGUGUGUGUGUGUGUGUGUGUGUGUGUGUGUGUGUGUGUGUGUGUGUGUGUGUGUGUAUUUAGUGAGUGUUAUUAUUUGUAUGGGAUGAUGUCAAUCCCAUAGGUAGAGGGGUGAGAAAAACUCAUCCUUAUUCUCCUUGUGUGGUUAAGAACGCUCAGAGUAUUUAUUAAAAUGAUUAUUAUAAUUGAAAUAAUGAUUCAUUCUUGUUAUUAUGAUUCUCUUUCCCGGAAUAUCUGUAUAUAUAUAUACAUAUAUAUUUGGUAAUAUAACACAGACCGACCAAGGAAAACCAAGAAAACUACAGACUGACGUUCAUGUACAGUAUGGAUGGGAGAUUGUCUACGACCUGUCUCAAUCUGUGACGUUCUGGGAUACAUGACGAAAGAGUGAUGUGUUGUUGACUGUUGAGCUGCGAUGAGUGAUUGAAUGAAUGACGUAAUAAAAGAGGAAGAGAGGUG